GUGAGUAUAACAGGUGGCAAUGUGGGAGCAAGCUCUGUGGAAAUGCUGGAUGUCGGUUGUCUGGCCCCUGAGAACGCCACGUGUGCCCUUUGUGAUCGACACGACUAUCUCCACCGAACCGAUCUUCCCAACUACCUCACUUCUCCCUGCUACCAUUGCAGAGAGAGCUUCGCCAGAGAGGCCAAAAUAUCCCCCGAAGAUCUCUUUGACCUUCACUUGCAGGUGCGUUAUCUCGCUUUCUUCUCUCCUUCACACAAUGUGCCAUGGCCGGCUUUUCUGCAAGCUCGCUUUAACAUUCCACCCGAUGGUCGAUCGAUGGAGGAUCUGAUUGCCUACGACUGUCGAUGGCGGUGUCGUGAACCCUGCACUUGUCUUCCCGACAUCUCCCUUCCUCCUUGUGUGGAGUUCCCCUGGCUCUAUGCCAAAAUCCCUAUUACUGCCGUUGCUGACACUACCGCCCCUGCCUCCUGCAGUUCGGCAGAAAAGGUACCCCCAUCCUCCAACCCAGACUUCGAACAAGCGCCAUCCCCGUCGUCGCAACAGCAAUCCUUUGGAGGUGAUUCCAACACAGAUCAGUCAUCCUUCACAUUCAAUAACCCACCGCCAUCAUUGCCAACAGCAACAUCGAUGACUGCCAACAUUGCUAGUAUAGAAAUCAAAUCUGGCCAACACCAACAAACAUUAGAUACUCCCUCGGGUCAUCAAACAACCACCUCUAGUCUAUCACAGCACUCUAAAAUGAGUGUUCAAUCAAUGGAGACCACGUCAUCAGCAUCGAAGCACCAGCAUUUGCACUCUACGCUUCUCCCAUGUGCCUCUCGUCAUGCUAGGGGAGCCCUAGGUCCCCCUCAAUGCUGUGACCCUAUUGGGUGGCCUUUUGCGUCCUCUGGCGAUUCGCCAUUACCACAACACAACCACAAUUCCUUGCCACCUGAACGGGAGAAAUCGCCUGCACAAUCGCAUCUCCAAUCCGCUGUUGUGGAGCCCCAGAACUUGUAA